ACACGUAAUUAUACAUAUUUCUCUUGGUAACAAAAAAAAAAAGAAAUUUGUCUACAUGAAAUUGUUGAAUAUAAGACAAUUAAUAUUAGUCAUUUUUUUAAAUUAUUGGUCACAAUGUUUAGGAUAUGUUACAUUAAUGUCAGAAGAAAAUGACAGACAACAGCAACGACUACAAACCCCUUUAUAUUAUCAUGAAGGAGAUAUCACUUCUAAUGAACAACCAUAUUAUGAAGGAACUGGUGAAAUGUAUGAUACAUAUCAAGUGACACCGUAUGAUUAUUAUGUUGACGAAGGUGACAAUAAUAAUAAUAAUGAUAUUGAGUAUGAAUACUCUGGAACUUAUUCAAACGGUUAUCCAAAUUCAGAUUAUGAAGUUAAUUAUGGUGAAAAUGAUCAAUACUAUGGACCAGUUGAAUACAGUGGUACAUAUAAUGAUUAUGAAGAAAAUGAUUAUAACACUCAAUAUGAUGAAUAUUAUCCAAGACGAGAUGUAUUCAAUAAUUAUCAAACAAAAACAAUGAAACGACAUCCAUCAAGUGGUGAAUAUAAUGAUGAUCAAAAAAAUGAUUAUGAAAAUGAGAACAAUUAUGAAGGUGACGUCUACAAUGACUAUAAUUCAUAUAAUACUAAGAAUACAGUAGAUAAUCUUGAUUAUUCUAAUCUACCUACAACAUCAUAUAAACAUCAAAAAUAUGUACCUUAUAGAAUAAUCUAUUUAAAUGGUUAUUUCCCAAUUGAUAAUAAAUUAUAUAUAUUUUAUCCAAAAAAAUUAAAGAAAAAAUAUUAUACUCUACGUACAAUUGAUCUUAAAUAUGGUCAAUUUGAUCGACAUUUUUCAAGUGAAAUAGCUAAAAAAAGUUCAGAUGGAUAUUUUAAAGAAAUGAAUCCAAAUGCAUAUAAUAAACAAUAUUCUCAUAGUAACUAUGGUUACAAUAAUAAUCAUAAUCAUUAUUAUUCUGAAUCAAAGGGAUCAUCGAAUUAUUACCCUUCAAAUUACCAAUCAUAUCAUACGAAAAGGAACCAUAGAAACCAUAAUAAAAAUAAUAAUGCCAAAUCCCUAUAUAAUAAUAAUAACCCAUAUAAAUAUUCAACAAAUCAAAAUUAUAAUGAUUAUAUUGGGGAUGAUAAACUACCAAAUGAUCUAUUUCUAUUUGAUGAUACAUUAAAAACAACAGAUUAUGAAGAAUCUAUAUCAUAUCAUCAUAGUGGUGAACAAGAUCCAAAAGUAUAAAACGUUCUGGUAAAUCAAAACAUGAUAGUAAAACUAAAAAAUAUCAUACUAUUAUUGAUAGUGAUAAAAGAAAAAAUAAACAUUAUGUUACAUAUCUUCCAUAUUAAUACAAAUUAAUAUAUAGUUACUGAUAUACUACUGGCGGCUACUAUUCUUGUUGAUCAUAUCUAGGAAACAUUGAAUGUUGUGUAUAAAUCAAAUGAUGAUGAAUAUAUAUAUACAUA